AAACAAAGGCCUGCUGCCGCCCUGCCAAACCUCCCCCAGCGACCCGGAUUCACGAUCCCCCGCUGCCCAGCAUGGCGCCUCCACCGCACAGCAAGCCCGAGAACACUCUCAAACGCGCCCAAGAACUCAUCGGAGUGAACCAGCACCAGGCUGCCCUGCAGCUGCUCCACGAACAUGUCACCUCCAAGCGCACCCGCAACAGCCCCAUCGCCAGCCUCGAGCCCGUCAUGAUCCUCUUCGUCGAGCUCUGCGUUGACCUGCGCAAGGGCAAGCUCGCCAAGGACGGCCUCUACCAGUACAAGAACACCGCCCAGAACACCAACGUGGGCACCAUCGAGCUCGUUUUCAAGAAGUUCAUCGAGCUCGCCGAGGGCAAGGUCACCGAGGCCCAGGCCAAGGCGGACGAGGUCCAGUCCUCGCUCGAGGGCACCUCUGGCGAUGCGAAGAACAUCGAGGAUCUUGAGGCCUCGGAGACUCCCGAAUCUAUCCUCCUGUCCACCGUCUCCGGCGAGCAGUCCCGCGACCGCACCGACCGCGCCAUCGUCACACCCUGGUUGAAGUUCCUGUGGGAGACCUACCGCACAGUGCUCGAUAUCUUCAAGAACAACGCCCGUCUGGAGCUCAUGUACCAGUCGACCGCCCACCAGGCCUUCCAGUUUUGCUCCAAGUACGCCCGCAAGACCGAGUUCCGCCGUCUCUGCGAGCUUCUCCGCAACCACUUGCAGAAUGCCGCCAAGUUCUCCUCCCAGAUGCACGCCAUCAACCUCUCCGACCCCGACACACUGCAGCGCCACCUCGAUACCCGUUUCCAGCAGCUGAACGUCGCUGUCGAGCUUGAGUUGUGGCAGGAGGCUUUCAGGAGUGUCGAGGAUAUCCACACACUGCUCAGUUUGAGCAAGCGCCCUGCGAAGAACGUCAUGAUGGCCAACUACUUCGAGAAGCUCACACGUAUCUUCUUGGUCAGCGAGAACUACCUUUUCCACGCCGCCGCAUGGAGCCGAUACUACAACCUCCUCCGCCAGUCCGCAGCUGCCGUUGCCUCCGGACAGGGCCUGAAGAAGGACAACCCAGCCGUCACCGAGGCCGACAUGACCAAGGCUGCCUCUUUCGUGCUCCUCUCCGCACUUUCGAUCCCCGUCAUUAGCACAUCCCGCUCACGCGGCGCCCUUGUCGAUGUUGAUGCGGCCAAGAACAACAAGAACUCUCGUCUCACAAACCUGCUCGGCAUGAACCAGGCACCUACUCGUGCUAUCCUGUUCAAGGAUGCUCUCAGCAAGGGUCUGCUCAAGCGUGCCCGCCCUGAGAUCCGUGACCUCUACAACAUCCUCGAGGUCGAUUUCCACCCUCUGUCCAUCUGCAAGAAGAUCUCCCCCAUCCUUGAGCAGAUUGGCGCUGAUGAGGAGAUGAAGAAGUACGUUGGCCCUCUCCAGCAGGUCAUCCUUACCCGUCUCUUCCAGCAGCUGUCCCAGGUCUACGACUCGGUACAAAUCAAGUUUGUACUCGACCUUGCUCAGUUCCCUGAGCCUUUCGGUGUCAGCAAAGCUACCAUCGAGAAGUUCAUCAUGAACGGCUGCAAGAAGGGUGACCUCGCCAUCCGCAUCGACCACGCCGCUGGUGUCCUUUCCUUCGACUCUGAUGUCUUCUCUUCUGCAAAGGCCAUGCACCCUGGAUCCGGUGCUGGCUCGGCCGAGACUGAGACCCGCUCCGUCCAGCGUCUCCAGAGCACACCUGCUGAGAUUGUUCGAUCCCAGCUCACACGCCUCGCCAAGUCUCUCUUCGUCACAUGCCAGUACGUUGACCCCUCGUUCAACGCUGAGCGUCUCAGGCUCAAGGAGGCUGCUCUCGCCCGCGCCAAGGAGGGUGCCGAGAAGGAGCACCAGGAGACUCUUGCUCGCCGCGACAUCAUCUCACAGAAGAAAGAGUCUGCCGCCAAGGCGCUCCAGGCUAAGGAGGCAGAGGAGCAGAGCAAGAGGGCUCUUCGUCAGCAGCAAUUGAAGGAGGAGGAAACUCGUCGUCUCGCCGAAGAGCAGCGUCAACGCACAGAACAGCGCAUCAAGGCUGAGCAACAGCGGAUCCAGCGCGAGGAGAUUGAGAAGCAGCUCAAGGAGCUGAAGGCCACUACCAAGAUCGACAUUGACCUGCCCGAGAACAUUGAGGACCUCGACUCGACCAGGAUCCGUAUUCUCAAGCUCCAGGCCCUUGAGAAGGAGAAGAAUCAACUUGGCGAGACUCUUCGCAUCACCGGCAAGCGUAUUGACCACCUGGAGCGUGCUUACCGCAAGGAGGAGAUCAAGCACCUCAAGGAGGACUACGAGAAGCAGAUGAAGGCCGAUGAGAGUGCUUACGAGAAGGCUAAGGCUGAGGAACUCAAGGAGGCCGAGGAGAGGCACAAGGAGGAUGUUGCCCUCAAGCACCGCCUGUCAAGACUCGUGCCCAUCUACUCCGACUUCGUCAACACCGUCAAGCAGAACCGCAAGGCCGAGUUUGAGAAGCGCUCGAGGGCCGCACAGAAGGAGCUCGAGGCCAAGAAGGCUGCUCGUGUCAAGGAAGUCAAGGAGAGACUUGCGAGGGAGAAGCGUGAGCGCGAAGAGGCUGAGCGACGACAGAGGGAAGAGGAGGAGCGUGCGGCUGCUGAGGCUGAGGCCAAGGCUGCUGAAGAGGAGGCGAAGCGCGCAAGGAUGGCCGAGGAGAAAGCCAGGCGCGACGAGGAGCGCAAGGCUCUCGACGAAAAGGCACGUCUCCAGCGCGAGAAGGAGGAAGCUGCAGAGGCCAAGAUCGCUGCCAAGAGGCAGGGUGGUUUCCGCUCCGAAGUCCCCGACCGCACAUUCUCUCGCGGCGCACCUGCUGCUGCAGAGCCCGAGAGCCGUGGACCUCCUCGUCUCAACCUCGCUGGUGGCAAGCCCUCAUGGCGUGACCGCAUGGCCGCAAAGGAUGCUGGUGAGGAUGCUCCCGCCGCCCCCGCUGCCCAGCCUGCUCCUGUCGCUGCUCCCACUGCCACUCCCCCUGCUUCCGAGGCACCACCCUCCCAGCGCUCCGGCUACGUUCCUCCCCACCUUCGUGGCGCUAGUGGCGCUGCUCCUGGUGGCGGCUGGAGAGAGCGUGAGGCCGCAGCACGCGACGCACCCGUUCGCGCUGAGUCUGACUCUCCCGCCGCUGGUGGCCGCUACGAGCCUCCUCGCCGCGGUUUCGGUGAGGACCGCAAGGCAUCCCCGGCAACAGGUGGCCGAUGGGAGCCUCCCAGCCGUCGCGGUGCACCCGCAGACGGUGCUCGCAGUGAGCGUGAGCCCGAGUCGCGCCCUCCCCCGGCUGGCGGUGCGAGCGAUGGCAAGUACAGGCCCGGUGCGUUCAGGCGUACUGAGCGAUAGUGUGUGGUUUCAUUAGACAUGAUUGAUGCCUCUGGGUCAUGAGAAAAGGGUUGGCGGUAUAUAGGGAAUUUUGCUCUGCUUUUCUCAGCUCGGCGGUAAUGAUCAUUCGCCAUCAUAGUUAGGUUUUCAAAAUCCAUUUACAGCGGUU